GUUAAAAUUAUGAAAAAAUAGUUUUUAUAGCUAUAAAUUUUAAUAGUAGACAAAUUUCUUUGUUUCGUAUACAACUGAAGAAGCUUUUUGACAACGUCAAAAAUUGACAUUUCACACGUCUACUUCAUUUUUGACAAACUACCAUAAAUAAUGUUGAUAUACAGGUCAUUUUUCUGUGAAAUAUAAAUAUUUCUAAAGAUUUGAAAUAUAUAACGAUCAUUCUAAUAAGAUAAACACGAGUUAAUAUUAUAGAUUUUACUCUGUCGAAUAAUACUUAAAAAAUGUCUUCACAUGACAUUACAUCCAUUCUUAAGGCGUUUGAAGAAACUCACGUUAGCGAUACAGGAGUAAGUUUUGCUGGUAAAUCAUUAAAAUUAAAUUCAGAAGAAGACGCUAAACAAGUCACUAACGAAAUCGAGAAAUGUUCCAACCUUCAGUAUCUUAACCUUGAAGGGAAUACUUUAGGGGUAGGUGCUUCCAAGGAAAUUGCCAAGUCUCUGGAGACACACCCUGAAUUUCGAAGGGCAUUAUGGAAAGAUAUGUUUACAGGUAGAAUGAAAACAGAAAUUCCAAUAGCAUUGCAAUAUUUAGGAGAUAGUUUGGUAACUGCUGGAGCCAGAUUGACGGAACUCGACCUCAGUGAUAAUGCCUUUGGGCCAGUUGGUGUAGAAGGAUUAGCGUCAUUACUUAGAAGUUCAUCUUGUUAUGCUCUUGAAGAAUUACGUCUCAAUAAUAAUGGAUUGGGUAUAACUGGUGGUAAGCUGUUAGCAUCAGCUCUCACAGAUUGUUAUAAAUACAGCAAAGAACAAGGUAAAUGUUUGGCAUUGAAAGUGUUUAUUGCUGGAAGAAACAGACUUGAAAAUGAGGGAGCAAAAGUACUUGCUGAAGUGUUUAAGCUCUUGGGUACUUUGGAAGAAAUAACCAUGCCUCAAAAUGGAAUAUAUCAUUUAGGUAUAUCUGCUUUAUCUGAAGCUUUUUCAGUCAAUAGAAACCUUCAGAUUAUUAAUUUGAACGAUAAUACAAUCGGUGCUAAAGGGGCCAAAGCCAUUGCUUCGGCAAUUGGUAAUAACCAGAAUCUGAAAGAAAUUAAUUUAGGAGAUUGCUUGCUGAAAACUAGGGGAGCUUUACUAUUAAGUGACGCUUUGAAAGAUUCUCACAAAGAUUUGGAAGAAAUCAAUUUCGGUUUUAAUGAAAUAACCAAACUAGGGGGAUUGGAAUUAUUGAAUGCAAUUGUUAAUAAAAGUAAAUUGAAAAAGUUGAUAUUAGAUGGAAAUAAAUUUGGAGAUGAUGGGAAGGAAUUGAUAAAGAAAAAAUUGGGCGAAAUAGGAAAAUUGAACGUCUUGGGAAGUUUAGAUGAAGACGAAUCAGAAGAUAGUAAUGAAGAAGAUGAUGAAGAAGAAACAGAUAAAAGUGAGCAUGAUAGUGAGAAUGAUGAAACGGUCGAUGAAGAAACCAAAGAUGAAAGCCAUGAUCAAGAUGUAAUUGAAGUACCAUCUCCAACAAAAUUACAUUUAAGCAUCAAAGAAUUUAUAGAGACUCCUAGUGCAAGUAAUUUUCUUGCUAUGGGACCUAAUAGAACAGAAGCAAUCUUAGAAGAGGCCAAGAAAUAUGAAGAUAAUUCUAUAGAAGAAUAUGUCAGAAUAAUGAUGAAGGUAUCAGCUUUGAGUAAUAAUACUAGACCGGAAGUAGCGAAAAUUUCCACUGAAUGUGCUGAAAAACUAUACAAAAAUCUAUUCAUUUGGGCCCAAAAAACUGACAAACUUUCCAUCGUUAACAAUUCUAUUCUAGUUAAUCUUGGAAUAAUAAAAAGCGAAGAUAAAUCCUACAAACUUACUUGGAACCAAGACGGUUGUUUGAACAUGCUCAAAAGCAUCGUAAAUCAAAAUUACAUUCCUGCAAGUACAAAGGAUACUCUUAGAGUGUUCAUGAAGAGGGAGGUGGAGAAUAAUAAAGAUCAUCUUGUUGUUAAAAAAGAUAUUCUUUCUACUUUAUCUUAAUAGAACUGUUAUUAUUAUUGACAAAGUUUUGAGGGGAUUAUUUUUUUAAUAAUAAUUUACACAUAUUUAUACAUUAACUUUAUUAAAACAUUAAAUUAUUUA